AUGAGACAAGGAGGAGCUGUCGAACGUGCCUUACCAGCCAAGUAUCACGAUGAUGGACGUUCUAAGAAGAAGAAGAAGAAUUACCAACUAACUGAUGAAGAAGGUGCAACACACACGAUGAUGGACGUUCUAAGAAGAAGAGGAAGAAGAAAUACCAACCAAUUGACGAAGAAGGUGCAACACACAACAACAACAACAAAACAGGUGGUUUCAAAGGAAAGUACCCUCCUUGUAAGCAUUACGGCAAGCUCGGACGUGCACCUUUCAAGUGUUGGGAGAGACCUGAUGCAAGAUGCAGAGGCUCGAGUUGUUGAUGAACAGGAAGAAGAUCAACUCUUUGUCGCAUCAUGUUUUACAAGCAGUGUCUCAAGCGAGUUGUGGCUGAUCGAUAACAGAUGCACAAAUCAUAUGACUUGCGAUAAAGAUUUUUUUAAAGAUUUGAGGCCUAGUAAAGUUACAAAAGUUAGAAUCGGCCAUGGUGGUUAUAUUCCAGCAAAAGGAAUGGGAACCAUUACAAUUGAAACACAAUCGGGCACUAAAACAAUUUCUGAUGUUCUUUAUGUACCCGAUUUGGACCAGAACUUGUUAAGUAUUGGUCAGUUAUUAGAAAAAGAUUUCAAAUUGUAUUUCGAAGAUAAACACUCUUGA